CUGGCACCACUCCUUCUACAAUGAAUUGCGAGUGGCCCCGGAGGAGCACCCCACGCUGCUCACAGAGGCACCUCUGAACCCCAAGGCAAACCGGGAGAAGAUGACCCAGAUCAUGUUUGAGACCUUUAAUGUCCCAGCCAUGUACGUUGCCAUCCAGGCAGUCUUGUCCCUUUACGCAUCUGGCCGAACCACUGGUAUCGUCUUGGACUCUGGUGAUGGUGUCACUCACAAUGUGCCCAUUUACGAAGGUUAUGCUCUGCCACACGCAAUUAUGCGCCUGGAUCUGGCUGGCCGGGACCUUACGGACUACCUCAUGAAGAUCCUCACCGAGAGAGGCUACUCCUUUGUCACCACCGCUGAAAGAGAAAUUGUGCGGGACAUCAAGGAGAAGUUGUGCUACGUCGCCCUGGAUUUUGAGAAUGAGAUGGCAACGGCGGCUUCCUCGUCAUCCCUGGAGAAAAGCUACGAGCUGCCUGAUGGACAGGUCAUCACCAUCGGCAACGAGCGCUUCCGUUGCCCCGAAACGCUCUUUCAGCCCUCGUUCAUAGGCAUGGAAUCGGCUGGUAUCCAUGAGACGACAUACAAUUCCAUCAUGAAAUGUGACAUCGACAUUCGCAAGGACCUCUAUGCCAACAAUGUUCUUUCCGGAGGCACCACUAUGUAUCCCGGCAUUGCAGACAGGAUGCAAAAGGAAAUCACCGCCUUGGCUCCCAGCACAAUGAAGAUCAAGAUCAUUGCUCCUCCUGAGCGCAAAUAUUCUGUUUGGAUUGGAGGCUCCAUUCUGGCCUCUCUCUCCACCUUCCAGCAAAUGUGGAUAAGCAAACCAGAAUAUGACGAAGCCGGCCCUUCAAUUGUACACCGGAAGUGCUUCUAAAGACCCCCAAACCGGAUUAUUCUCAAGCCAGAAGACUCCUCCCUUCCUUCUUCCUUCGCAUUGAGUUCUGAACCUUGCAAGUAGCAUUAAACACUGUUUUUC